AUGUCUCGAGAGAUUGAGCGUCAAUUCACAAAGCAUCCAGUCGACAAUUCUGAAGAUGCCUCUGAGACUGACGUUGAAGUAUCGCUCCUCAGGGGACAUCAAUUCCAGGCACGAAACCGUCAUCAUGCUGGCCCGUCCAGAAUGAAGCAAUCAUUGAACCUGGUCUCAGCAGUCUGCAAGAUAUUCUUCUAUGUUAGCGCGAGCAUUUGCCUUUGGAUCUACCUCGGGUUGAUAUACAAAGAUACUUUAACUGCAAGUCCAAUAGAGACAGGUGGAGACAGGAUACUCUACACCGGGUUCGGUGACGGUAAUUACGGCCUAGCCGAAGAUGUAUCAGGCCAAAUUCCCACUUUUGGAAGAGAAAUAUGGAUGUUUUGGAACGACUCAAAAUUCACCCUUGACGAUCCCAAAUAUGCGACAUCCGAGGAAGAGCUUGCUUUGAGCAAAGCCUGGAAAAGCAUCGUUCCAGAAGGAAACGGCUUCAUUACUAUUGGAGAUCCAACAGCAGCGGUCCUUCCGCCACCAAUUAAUCAGCCAAAGGACUUGGAAAUAGACCGUUUCUGUAUUACUGUGUGGCAUCAACUUCACUGCUUGCGUGGGAUUCAAGAAGGUUACUACAGCCUGAUCAAAGACCCGUCAGCGGUGGGCAGCCUGGGACAUGUCAAUCACUGCAUCGAUUAUCUUCGUGAGAGCGUCAUGUGCUACGGGGAUACGGCUCUUGAAGGCCAAAGCACAUACAGCUCUGAAGAGAGAGCAAAUGGGAACGCCGCCAACCACGUCUGCAAAGACUUCAGAAGCCUUUUAGACUGGUCUAAUAGCAGGAGUUCCAAACGACUUGCUCAAAGCAUGCGUCUGGCCGGCAAGGCUUCUUCAAAAGGCGAAAACCAUUGA